CCCCACGCGUCGACCGCCGGCUUGCUCUUCCUGUGCACAAGGGAUAGCAUUUCCCCGCGGCCACCAGACAGGCCCGUCUGGGUGCGAGGCCAGGGCCGGGUCCCAGCGCCGCCGGAUCCCAGGGCCCCCGGGUGCCGCCCCCGCCCGCGGCUGGGCUGGGAGAGGCGAAUUGGAGAGCGAGGCGGCGGUGAGGGUGAGAGGCGAACGGAACAAGCAGGCCGCCCUGACCGCGGCCCGAGCGCCGGCGCAAGGAGGGGGCGCCACGGCCCACCCUCCUUCCUGUCUGGCCCGGGACCGGCCGGGCCGACGCGCCCUGACCCCCAAUGGCCUACCGGGCCUCGGGGCCGCCAAGUCGUCGUGCCAGACCCAGGGCCCCCGAGUGAGCGGGGGCGCCGAGGUGAGCACCGAGCGCCGGGGCGCGAGGGGCGCGAGGCGUCGGGAUCCGAGGCCCGGUGAAGAAUAGAAGAUCUCAUCUGGCCGCUGCGUUGUGGAAGAAGCUAGGGGGAGAACCAGCGCUUCGGGAGGAGAAAGACUGCCUGGGGAAAGAGAGACGGCAAGACGCGUAGCGCCAGUGCUUGGGAGACCCAGGAGGAGCCCGCAGAUAACCAGCCUAAGUCAUGCAGUCUUUUCGAGAAAGGUGUGGUUUCCAUGGCAAACAACAGAACUACCAGCAGACCUCACAGGAGACAUCUCGCCUGGAGAAUUACAGGCAGCCGAGCCAGGCCGGGCUGAGUUGUGACCGGCAGCGGCUGCUUGCCAAGGACUAUUACAGCCCGCAGCCAUACCCGGGCUACGAGGGUGGCACAGGCACAGCUGCCGGCACUGCCCGCGGUGGCAAAGGCCUGCCCUCACAGCAAGUCCUGCCGGGGAGGCCGGCGUUCUCCAGCUACGGCGUCCAGGACAGCAGCCCUUACCCAGGCCGCUACGCAGGAGAGGAAAGCCUGCAGGCCUGGGGGACCCCCCAGCCACCACCACCCCAGCCACAGACCCUGCCAGGGGGGGUGGGCAAAUAUGAUGAGAACUUGAUGAAGAAGACAGCGGUGCCCCCGGGCAGGCAGUACCCAGAGCAGGGUGCCCAGUUGCCCUUUCGGACUCACCCCCUGCACACCCAGCCCCAGCCACCAGCGCCCCCGCAGCCCCUAGCCUACCCCAAGCUCCAGAGACAGAAGCUGCAGAAUGACAUCGCCUCGUCCCUGCCCUUUCCCCAGGGCAGCCCCUUUCCCCAGCAGUCGCAGUCCUUCCCCACCUCCUCCACCUAUUCCUCCACCGGCCAGGGUGGCGGGCAGGGGGCCCACUCCUACAAGAGUUGUACAGCGCCAUCUGCACAGCCCCACGACAGGCCACUGGCUGCCAGCACCAGCCUGGCCUCAGGGCAAGGAGUCCAGAACCUUCAUGCCUACCAGUCUGGCCGCCUCAGCUACAACCAGCAGAAGCAGCAGCAGCAAACCCUUCAGAGCCGACACCACGCCCAGGAAACCCUCCACUACCAAAACCUGGCCAAGUACCAACACUACGGCCCGCAAGGCCCAGGUUACUGCCAGCCAGACGCGGCCGUCAGGACUCCAGAGCAGUACUACCAGACCUUCAGCCCCAGCUCCAGCCACUCGCCCGCGCGCUCCCUGGGCCGCUCUCCUUCCUACAGCUCCACCCCGUCACCACUGAUGCCGAACCUGGAGAACUUUCCCUACAGCCAGCAGCCACUCAGCACAGGAGCCUUCCCCGCAGGCAUCACAGACCACAGCCACUUCAUGCCCCUGCUUAACCCCUCCCCAACAGACGCCGCCAGCUCUGUGGACACACAGGCCAGCAACUGCAAGCCACUGCAGAAGGACAAGCUCCCCGAGAGCCUGCUGUCAGACCUCAGCCUGCAGAGCCUCACCGCGCUGACCUCACAGGUGGAGAACAUCUCCAACACGGUCCAGCAGCUGCUGCUUUCCAAGGCCGCCAUGCCCCAGAAGAAGAGUGUGAAGACCCUGGUGUCCAGGACACCGGAACAGCACAAAAGCCAGCACUGCAGCCCCGAUGGCAGCGGCUACUCCGCCGAGCAGGCGGGUACACCGCUGUCAGAGCCACCAAGCGGCACGCCACAGUCCAGCCAUGCCGAGCCACCCGAGGCUGACUACCUGAGCGGCUCUGAGGACCCUCUGGAGCGCGGCUUCCUCUACUGCACCCAGGCCCGAGGCAGCCCCGCCAGGGCCAGCAGCAGCUCAAAAGCCAAGCCCGAGUCCGUGUCCACCUGUUCCGUGACCUCCCCCGAUGACAUGUCCACCAAGUCUGAUGACUCCUUCCAGAGCCUUCACAGCAGCUUGCCGCUCGACAACUUCUCCAAGUUUGUGUCCAAUGAGCAGGACUGCCCGAGGCUGCUGCUCAGCGCCCUGGCGCAAGAGGACCUGGCCUCCGAGAUCCUGGGCCUGCAGGAGGCCAUUGGCGAGAAGGCCGACAAGUCUUGGGCCGAGGUCUCUGGCCUCUCCAAGGAUGCCACCAAGCCGCCCUUCACACUGGAGAACCAUAGCACCUGCCUGGACUCCAUAGCCAAGAAUUCUUGGCCACGGCCAGGGGAACCUGAGGCCCUGCCUGAGCCCUUACAGCUGGACAAGGGCAGCAACACCAAGGACUUUAGCCCGGGGCUGUUUGAAGACCCCUCUGUGGGUUUUGUCACCCCAGACCCCAAGAAGACCACUGGUCCCCUCUCCUUUGGUGAGCGGCCCACCCUUGGGGCUGCUACCUCAGACCCCACCACAGCCGCUUUUGACUGCUUCCCAGACACAGCCACUGCCAGCUCGGCAGACAGCGCCACCCCCUUUGCCUGGCCAGAGGAGAACCUGGGCGACGCUUGUCCCCGGUGGGGGCUGCACCCCAGCGAGCUUACCAAGGGUCUGGAGCAGGGUUCGAAGGCCUCAGACAGCAUCGGCAAGGAAGAUGCCCACAAGGCCUCACCCUGCCUGGGUUUCCGGGAGGAGGAGCCCCCUGGGGAGCCGGCCACCCUACCCCAGGAUGCCCAGCAGGAGGAGGCGGGUGGGGUGAAGGAGGAGGCAGGUGGGCUGCUGCAGUGCCCUGAGGUGGGUAAGGCCGAGGUGUGGCUGGAGGAUGGCAGGCACUGCUGCUCGGCUGCGGACUUUGGGGACCUGCCGCUGCUGCCGCCCACCGGCAGGAAGGAGGACCUGGAGGCGGAGGAGGAGUACUCCUCCCUGUGCGAGCUCCUGGGCAGCCCCAACCAGAGGCCCAGCCUUCGGGACCCGCUGUCCCCAAAGGCCCCGCUGAUGUGUACCAAGGAGGAGGUAGAGGAGGCUCUGGACCCCAAAACUGGCUGGGGCUCCCCAUGCCACCUCUCUGGAGAGUCUGUCAUCUUGCUGGGCCCCACUGUGGGUGCCGAGUCGAAGGUCCAGAGCUGGUUUGAGUCCUCCUUGUCCCACAUGAAGCCCGGGGAAGAAGGGCCCAGUGGGGCACUGGCUCUGGGGGAUCCUGCCACCCUGGCCCCGGAGGCCUCCUUGGCCCAGAAGCCCAACAAGCCCGCCGUUCCUGAGGCACCCAUUGCUAAGAAAGAGCCCGUGCCACGGGGCAAAAGCUUACGGAGCAGGCGGGUGCAUCGGGGGCUUCCUGAGGCCGAGGACUCCCCGUGCAGGGCGCCGGUUCUGCCCAAAGACCUCCUGCUGCCUGAAUCCUGCACAGGGCCCCCCCAGGGACAGAUGGAAGGGGCCGGGGCCCCAGGCCGGGGGGCCUCGGAAGGGCUCCCCAGGAUGUGUACCCGUUCCUUCACAGCCCUGAGUGAGCCCCGCACGCCUGGCCCUCCUGGACUGACAACCACCCCUGCCCCUCCGGACAAGCUGGGGGGCAGGCAGCGAGCCGCCUUCAAGUCUGGCAAGCGUGCAGGGAAGCCCUCCCCCAAGGCGGCGUCCAGCCCCAGCAACCCGGCUGCCCUGCCGGUGGCCUCUGACAGCAGCCCCAUGGGCUCCAAGACCAAGGAGACAGACUCUCCCAGCCCCCCUGGCAGAGACCAGCGCUCCAUGAUCCUUCGGUCCCGUACCAGAACCCAGGAGGUCUUCCACUGCAAGCGGCGGCGACCCUCGGAAAGCCGGAUCCCCAACUGCCGGGCUGCCAAGAAGCUCCUUGCCAACAACCACCUGCCUGCUACGUUAAAGGUCUCUGGCAACGUCCAGAAGGAGGGCAGGGCUGGUCAGUGGGUGAGGGUCCCCAAGCCCAGCGCAGGCGGCAAGCUCUCUGAUAGGCCCCUCCACGCACUCAAAAGGAAGUCAGCCUUCAUGGCACCAGUCCCCUCCAAGAAGCGGAACCUGGUCUUACGGAGCGGCAGCAGCAGUGCCAGUGGCAGCCGCGGGGACGUGAAGGAGGAGCGAGCUGAGGGCUCCCCAGCCCUCUUCAAGAGGAUGUCUUCUCCAAAGAAAGCCAAGCCCACCAAAGGCAAUAGCGAGCCCACCUUGAAGCCCCCGCCCCCAGAGACACCUGACGCCUGUCUCAAGAUGGCUUCACGGGUGGCCUGUCAGGGAGCGACGAAGACCAAGGUGCUGCCACCCCGGAAGGGCCGGGGCCUGAAGCUGGAGGCCAUUGUGCAGAAGAUCACCUCACCCAGCCUGAAAAAGUUUGUGUGCAAAAUGCCUGGGACCACUCCUGGGCACUCUCUGAGCCCGCCCCUCUCUGAGAAGGACCGAGGGCCCAAGAGCACCAGGGGCAGCCCUGUGGGGGCAGAAGGUCUCUCAAGCAUGGCCGCCGGCCAGAAGCUCCCAGCAGCUUCGGGGACCGACCCAUUUUGCAGAAAUACGGCCAACAGAUCCUUAAAAGGCAAACUCAUAAACAGUAAGAAAUUAUCCUCGACUGACUAUUUUAAAACUGAGGACUUGGUGUCCCCAGAGACCCUGCUGCCUGGGGGAACUGUCCUGGUGCCGAAGAAGAAAAGCCGGAAAGGCAGGGCUGCAGCCCUGGGACUCCCCAAAGGCCCCCCGGAGAAACAGCCCCAUCUAGGCCCUGUUCUGCUCUUGACUCCCCGAGACAGGACCAACAGCAUGCAGGGGGCCAGUGAGGACAGCUCUGGUGGGGGAAGCAAGAAGCCAAAGAUGGAGGGGCUGGGCUUGGCCCCCCAGCCCCCCGACAGCCGGUCCUGCCAGCCCCAGAUGAGGGCACAGAAGCAGCCAGGCCACACCAACUACAGCAGCUAUUCCAAGCGGAAGCGCCUCUCACGGGGCCGAGCCAAGAAUGCCACCUCCUCACCCUGCAAGGGGCGCGCCAAGCGGCAGCGGCAGCAGCAGGUGCUGCCCCUGGAUCCUGCAGAGCCUGAAAUCCGCCUGAAGUACAUUUCCUCAUGCAAGCGGCUGCGGGCAGACAGCCGCACCCCAGCCUUCUCGCCCUUUGUGCGGGUCGAGAAGCGAGACGCAUUCACCACUGUAUGCACUGUUGUCAACUCUCCUGGGGAGGAGCCCAAGCCCCACAGAAAACCUUCCUCUUCUGCCUCUUCUUCCUCGUCCUCCUCCUCCCUGGACACAGCUGGGGCCUCUCUGGCCACGCUUCCUGGAGGCUCUUCUGUCUUGCAGCCUCGGUCCUCUCUGCCCCUCUCCUCCACCAUGCACCUGGGGCCCGUGGUUUCCAAGGCCCUGAGUACCUCUUGCCUUGUUUGCUGCCUCUGCCAAAACCCGGCCAACUUCAAGGACCUCGGGGACCUCUGCGGGCCCUACUACCCUGAACACUGCCUCCCCAAAAAGAAGCCAAAACUCAAGGAGAAGGUGCGGCCCGAAAGCACCUGCGAGGAGGACUCACUGCCCCUCGAGAGAACACUCAAGGGUCUUGAGUGCGCAGCUGCUGCUGCCGCCACCGCCACCGGAAAGGCCCCUCGGCCUGACAGCUCAGCUGACCUGGCCAAGCAGGGCUCACUACGCACCAGUGCCCGGGGCCUAUCCCGGCGGCUGCAGAGUUGCUACUGCUGUGAUGGUCGAGGGGACGUCAGUGAGGAGGUGGUCGCAGCUGCAGACAAGACCCGCAAGCAUGAGUGCAACAAGGAGGCAACAGCAGAACCUGGUGGGGACACCCAGGAGCACUGGGUGCAUGAGGCCUGCGCCGUGUGGACGGGCGGGGUCUACCUGGUGGCCGGGAAGCUCUUUGGGCUGCAGGAGGCCAUGAAGGUGGCCUUGGACAUGACUUGUUCCAGCUGCCAGGAAACCGGGGCCACCAUCGGGUGCUCCCACAAAGGCUGCGUCCACACCUACCAUUACCCGUGUGCCAGUGACGCAGGUUGCAUAUUCACCGAAGAUAACUUUUCUUUGAAAUGCCCCCAGCAUAAGAGGCUUCCAUUGUAACACACCCCGGCCGCGGGGGAAACCACCGGAGCCGCUCGCCCUUCCGCUGAAGGAGAGGGGUCGUCUGUACAGGCCUUUGAGCUGCUCCCUGAGCCGGUCCAGGAUCCAGACCC